AUGCGGACAGCCCGCGGAUCGGCGGGCCGCCUGGCGCUCUCCCCGGUCCAGGCAACGAGCGCUGCCGCGAGCCGAGGCUGUCGACUGUGCGCGUCUGACUGCGCAGCCUGCGCGGAUGCCAAUCCCAGGCCGCCGUGCGCGGCGCCCGCGCAGGAGGUCUCCCGUCGAGGCCUCGUAGCGCUGGCAGCUGCAUGCCUGGCCGCGAGCGAGGCCUGGGCGGGGCAGGCGGGCGCCACUUCUCCAGAGGUCGUGGAUGCAGUGGAGGCUGGAAUUGAAGUGUACGAUGCGGCUUUCAGUCUCUCGCUUCUGGCGCUCCAGGGCUCUGUGCAGCAAUCCUGGGUGCAGGAAUUCAAACAGCUGCUGGGCUCCCCACACACCGUAAGGCUUAAGAACAAGCCCCAGCUGAAAGAUUUGUAUGCCAAUCUGGAGUCUGGCGAUGUGAGAGGUGUUGACCUGGUGUCCGUUGGGGACACAUGGAUGGGCAUCGCCAUCAGUCAAGGACUGAUCAGGCCGUUCAGGAAGGCGGAGAAGUACAGGUUGGUUGCGUUGGCCACUAGCUGUGUGUCUGACGACUGUGAAGAAAGAUUGGCAAAUGGAAGUUGA